UCCUUUAAUGGCCUCCCGUGCAGUUAAAUUGGGUAAAAAGGUGAAAGCUACAGCAACAUUAGUGAGACAUCCUCCCUUUAUCAAAAUAUAUAUCCCUGCACAGCAAGCGAAACCUGCUCCUCCUCUUGGUCCACAGUUGGGAAAGCGCAACAUAAACAUUGCUAAUUUCUGCAAAGACUUCAAUGAGCGCACACAGCACAUCAAACCUGGGGUCCCCAUCCCCUGCACCGUCAUUGUCAAUCCUGACAGGACCUAUCAAUUACAAAUAUCGCAUCCUCCCUCCCAAUAUCUUCUUCGCAUGGCUGCUGGCACUAAAAAGGGUGCUGCUACCCCUGGUACGGAAGUGUCUGGUCAAUUGACACUAAAGCAUAUAUAUGAGAUCGCUUUGUUGAAGAGCGAAGAUGCGGCGCUGCGCACAACGUCAUUGCAGGGCAUCUGCGCCAGUCUGAUCUCUGAGGCGCAUCGCGUUGGAAUUGAAGUACUCUCACGUGAGGAGGAGGCAUUAACUCGUGGAGACCCUGCGUCGGCCACCGCUGCUUACGCGGAGUUUCUGCGCCGUCGUGACGAGGAAGUAGCACAGCGGAAGAAGGCUCUAGAGGAAAAGAAGCAGGCCAAGAUGAUGCGUGUCUCCUAG